AUGUGGAUGAUUCUAAUACUUUUAGGUGACUUCUUCGAAUGCAAAGGUGGCUGGUGAGAAGAUUCUUUAACAUUAGAGCUAACAGAUAAUAACUACCUGCAGCAUAUUGGAUCAAACAAAUUUAUCGUCCUAGAAUUUUACGCCCCAUGAUGCCACUUUUGCCAGCACAUGUUUCCUGAAUACGAAGCAGUAUGAAAGCACUUUAAAGACCCUCAAAGCAACUGAAAAAGGGACGACCUCGAAAUUUCCCGUGCAAACAUGCAAGUUAACGUCAAAAUGGGGAAUGAUUUCCAAAUCCGAGAAUACCCCACAAUUGGGAUCAUCGCACCUUUUUCUAAUAAAAUUUUCUCGUUUUUUGAUUCAGAAAGGACGAAAAUAAAUUUUAUUAAUUGGAUUGAUAAACAAAUAGAAGAAUAUAGCGAAAAAAAUCAAGGAAUAAAUGAAAAUUUGAGUGAUGUACAUGAUGGAAUAGAGCAGCCUGACGAAGAAAAUCACCAUGAGCAUACAGAAGAAGAGGAAGAAAUUGAGCACGAGAAAGCGGUACAGUAUGAAUUUGUGAUUGAAGACCGAUCUGCUGAGUUUUCUAAUAAAUGGAAAGGAGAAUUCGAAGCAUUAAGAAUUGAAAUUGAGGAGCUUAGAAAGUAUGUAAAAGAACAGACCCAAGAAAUUCUUCUGCUUACGUCCAAUAUAAAAUCUAUAUUAAAAGACCAAACUUUAACCAAUAUUCAGCAUUUUGAGAAUCUAGAAAAACAGGCUGAGGAGCUAGAUUUCAAUAUAAAAAACCGAAAUAAAAUUGAAAGCACACAAACUCGGUUUAAUGUUACACAUAUGAUAGUUUUUCUGUCUCUAGGAGCACUGGUAGGGAUAGGCAUAGGAGUGAUAUCUACCAAAAUGAAAGGGAAAAAGAGUUAUGAGAAAUUUGAUAAUUAG